AUGAUCGCCCAUGGCUAGGGUUCUUAGGGUUUUGUGAUGCGUGGCGCUGGACGAUCGGGGAAGGGUGGCGCCGGGAAUAGCCGUGCUGCUGGACGAUCGGGGAGGGGCGGCGCUGGACGAUUGGGGAAUGGCGGCGUUGGCGCCGGCGCAAGAACAGAUCCUGAGGACAAAGACGGCAAACAGCCUCUUGCUGCGCCUGAGGACGAAGAAGGGAAACGGCCUCUUUCCGCUGAAGGUGGUGAGGUACCUGUGCUUGCACCCAACGGCGAAGGAAAACCGCCUCACGGUGGUAAUGUGCUGUGUGCAGUUAAAUAUCGAGACAUGAGCUUCUCGAUGAGGUAUAAUGGCACAACCGCAGGAUUUUUCCAGCGAAUCAAGCUCUGCUGUGGGCUCAAUGAAGGAAUGCUUCUCAUAAACGGUAAAAUGUUCUCAUCUAGUUUCUCUGGUGAGCUGGUAAAGAUCAAGGGGACUGUCAUUGUAUUGGGGAAAAGCAUUAUUGAAGAAUAUGACAACAUCGCUGAAGAAGUUAUUGAGGAAGCUUGCGAACUGAUGGAAGCUACGAAGGAUCCCCCAAGAUGCGAACGUGAAUACCUUACCUGUUUAUCCCGAGAUCCAGAAAUCAACAUCCUGAAGCUCGUAUACUCCUGGAGGUUCGGAUGCAGGGUGUCUAAACGACUUGACACUGUCGACUGUGAAGCUCUCAUUCAGAAGCGAGAAGACCGUUCGAUAAUCUUGUUGCAGAUGAGAGAUUCGGACACAGAAAACCUACUCCCAUACGACACUGUCAAACAUCGAUUGACACAUUUGGCCUGCCACUUGGAUCAUCCUCUUCAUGACGAUCAGUUUGAAGAAAAAGUGAAGGAUGCGACAAGGCUUCAACACUCAGUUAGCAUGUCUAUCUGGGUGAAACACGCUGAGAAGAAGUUAACAGCCGAUGUUGCUCGCUUGAUUGGUGCUGAUUCUGAGGGUGCUUUGGGGGCUAUACCAGAACUGUUACGGCCACCUGUCUUUGUGAUUCAAGCGAUCGUAAGUUCCCAUGCUGGUCGCGGGUGGUCGUUGGAAUUGUUCGCUCUCGGUAUCUUAAUGGGUGUCCACCGGCGAAUUGAGGCAACAGCCCCAGACGACUUUCUGAUAGUCAAGAAUGCUGCCUGUGCUGUCAUGGUAAAAAAUCAUAGAUUUCUCUCGUUGUUGGCUGGUGCUGAUGUGCAAGGACCAUUACUUCAGUUUGUUGGAAUCGACGCAGACGCUGAUCUCAGUGAUCUGGAGCUUGUUUUGAGAUCGUGGAUGUGUUACCUCUACAUUGUCACGAGAGAACACUGCUCAAAGCUGACGAAACACUAAGGCUCCCCUUGAGCGCGACAUAGGAAAGCGCUGUAUAAAUUCUCUCCUCAAGAGAUGUAAAGUCCGGCUUCACAAUUAUGACAGGCGAAUUUUGGGAAUUUGGCGAAUUUGGCGAGUUUUUGUUUUUCUCCCGCAGCGGCUACUCGUUGUCCUCCCUCUUAUCCAAGUGUACAAAGUCUCGUAAGCUCUCAGCUCUCCCCAAGCUUCCAUGUCCGCGGGGGAAAACUUUGUAGAACUCCGGCGCAAGAAGCAGCUCUUGGCAUACGUGUUGGCCGCUGUCUUUGGCCUCAUCAUCCUGAUAAAGGUAGUGCCUUUCGUGGAUAAAAGUGUUGGACAUUUAGUGUGUGAGUGGGUGAUAGAUGGCAAACUCGUCAAAUUUUUUUGUUCUCUUUGGA